AUGGAAGCCGAGAAUGGGUACAAGCUUGUUGUGGGUGUGGACUACGGUACCACCUUCACAGAGAUUGCGUAUGCCAUCACGACCCAUGAAGGUGGUCAAACAGACAGUGACAGUAUCGGGUUGAUCAACCAAUGGCCUCCAGGUAUUAUUGGUGAUCUCAACACCCCGUCCCUAAUUUCAUACACGCAGAAUGGAGGACCACCUCUCUGGGGCUUUGAGGUCGAGCCAGGCAUGAAAUCAUAUGCCUGGACAAAGCUGCUAUUGGACAGACAUCUCCAGCGUAACCAGUUCGACGAUGAGUUCCUGGAGAUGGUCACUCGCUCAGAGAUUCUGAAGCUGCCCGACCAAAAGGAAGCUGUGGAAACUGUGGCAGACUACCUUUCUCGGAUCUACGCACAUAUUCAGCACUACAUCUCCGAGGUGGUGGGACCUAUGCAUAGUAACCUACGGAAUAUAAGUCGAGUGCCGAUCGAUUUCUGGUUCACGAUCCCAGCUAGCUGGUCUGAAGAGACACAGCUUUUGAUGCGCCAGGCAAUCCAAAGAGCAGGCUUUGGAACAAGCCAUUUACACCAGGUGUGGACUACAACGGAACCAGAGGCUGCAGCUCUUUCUGUCUUUUGUGACGGAAAUUCCAACGUCAAGCAUCGUGAUGGAGUUCUAAUCUGCGACUGUGGAGGGGGAACAGUGGAUAUCGCAACAUACUAUGUCACAGAUGUUGAUCCGACAACCUCUCUUGAGCAGAUCACCACAGCUAUGGGAGCUAAAUGCGGUAGCACUGCUAUUGACAGUCGAUUCUAUGAACUACUAUCUCGUAGGCUUGAAGGGGCAUUCAAUAACCUACCCGUGGGCGAGAUCGAAGCAGGAAGCUUGGCCAUGAACAAGUUUGAAACGAUCAAAACAGACUUCAAUGGUCUAGGGGGAAACAUCUGGUACUUUGAUUUCAACUUGAAUGCCCCCGAGACAGAUCCCACAUUUUCCAAUCAAAGACGAAGACGUGUUGUUCUUCAAUCUGAAGAUAUCCGAGGCCUAUACGAGCCUGUUCUGAGCAGGAUUUUCGACCUGAUUGUGUCUCAGAUCUCUGCUGCAAAUGAAAAAUGUAGGCGGCGUGUCAUCAAUAAAGUUGUCUUGGUUGGCGGAUUCAGUGCCUCACCAUAUCUUCAGGAGAGACUACAAUAUUCCCUGAAUCGCCUUGGCAACAUUUCCGUGCUUGUUCCUGAGAGACCGGGGGAGGCUAUUGCUCGUGGGGCAGCACUUCAAGGGCUUCGGGGCUACUCUCUUCCAACCUACAAAUGCUCGCGAAAUUACGGUCUGGCAUCUGUUCAACCUUUUGCUCUCUCCCACCGAAACGAGUCGCAACGACUGGGAGACGGGCCCGGUGCACUAUCGGUGAAUUUGCUCCCUCAUUGGGUGUUACACAAGGAUCAGAGAUACCAGAAGAAUUUCCAGACAUGCCACACAAUCCAGCUACUUCAUUGGGAGCAUGGUCUUCUUACCAAGCCUGUGGAGAUUUACGAGUCCAAUCUCCAAGUUGCACCACAACGAUUUGAGAACUCCGAUGCACAUUGCAUCGAUUACAUUCAAUGUCACUUCAAUGGCCUUGACCUUUCCCUGUUUCCUCACCAAACCAUCGCCGGACAGACCGUCUAUUGCUUGGAGCUUUUGAUCCAGGUAUCUUUUUCACAGACUGAUCGGGUGAUACAUUUCAGUGCAUAUACACUGGGCGAAGAGAUUGGGCAAAAGGACCUGGCCAUGGCUCAUGAUUGA